GUUUUCAAUUUCGUUCAGUUGCUUUUCGGUUCGUGAAGUGAUCUGCCGCAUAUCAAAAAACGCGUCUGUUGCACAUUUUCAAAAAGCCCGUCUUCGUCUUGGAGAACCACAAUUGUUUCAGGUUUCCUGUUUUCCAACUGCCUAUAAAUCAGUUAUUGGCAAAUUUAAUCGAAAUUACAAGCAGAAAACGCAUGCGCAGCUAUCAACACAUCGCAAUGUUGUCGCCAACACCAGCACGCGCUAUGAAAGCAGCAACAACAACAGCAAAGACUUCAUUAGCUACAUUUGUAAUUUUUCUGCUACUCUCACUAGCCACCAGCGAUGCGCAGACGCAAGCUCCAUCGCAAAGCCAAAAUGUAGAGAUUACCGGCAAACCUACCAUCUACAAGCCAGCCGUUAUACGCACGGAACUACGCUUCGGACGUAAUCUGGAUCCGGAGAAGGUGCGCGUCGUCAAUGUGAAAUCGAACACGGGGGAUAAUGUGGAAAUACUGGUGGGCAAAGACUCGCGACGCGGACGGCUUGAUGAUGCGUCAAGCAGCUUCUUUGUGCGUAGCGCCGAUGUACGCAAGCCAACGCCGCGCCCACAGCACGCCAAACCCUCCGUGUAUAGUUUCCAGCACACGCCAGCACUGUUGAAGCAAGCCGAAUUGGCGCGUCAGAGGAGAGAUUACCAAGAGCGCAAGGCUGAGGCUGAAGCGCGUCAGGUGCUAAAGAUACAGAAUGCAUUGCGGCAGGCUGACAGUAUGCCGGCCGCCAGUGGUAGAGCACAAUAUGCACGUGGUCUACAAUUUCGUGACACUAGCGAGCCACAAUGGCAACGGCAACCUUACGUAGCACAACAGCACGCUGCCAACGAGCUGAGAUUUGUCUCGGCGGACGCACAAACAUUUGGGCGCCCCGUCAACUACAUACCCAUUGCACAGAAUACCAACACCAAUAACAAAAGCUUCUCGUUUCCCUCCGAAGACACAGCUGCUUCACAGAGUCAACCCAUCGACCGCGCUUGGCAACCCAUGGAGGCCGUGAGCGCGCCACAUACGCGCAAUAUGCGUCAAGCACCCGAUCUAUACAACACCAAUGCAGGCACAUAUCCACUCGGUAAUGGCUACAGUUUUCGUCCCAUCUUCAAUGCCGCCCUACGCUCAGUUGCCGAGUAUUACACAAAUGCCGCAAGCAGCCAAGGUACUGGACGCCGCGCCACGCGACCCAAGAAUAUCAUCACCAAGGAUGACUAUCUGGCGGCGAGCAAGAAGAAGACCACGUAUAUACCCGCAGCUGUGGUAUUGACUUCAUCCACAGCCGUCAUGCCAGCCAAUAGUAAUAGUAAUACCAAAACUAACACAAAUUUCGACAACAACAGUUACAAUAAUCAAUACCAAAGCAAUAAAUACAGUAAUCAAUAUUCAAACUCAUACAAAACACCCAUUGCAAAGCAUCCUAAGGUGCCGAAAUUGCGUGAUACACCAACGAAUCAGUAUGCGGCGGCUUCAGCGCCCACUUCGACUAUAGUUGACGGUCCAGCGGUGACGGUUAUUGAAGGUGUACGUGUGCCCGAUGCACCUGAGGACAAAGUUAGGACCUGGCGAAAUGCGCGUGUGCUCAACAACAAGCUCGUUCCCUACCCAGAUGGUUAUACGCCGCCCAAAGUACAGAUCCAGCAUUUUGAUAGAUGAGCAAACGAACCCACGUGACUACCACAUAAUACUAUAGCAAUAAUUUAAACACACAUUAACUGCCAAAAAUGAAAAUUAUUUCCAAUUACUUCGCGAUUACACUUUACCUUUGGCAUAGCUGAGAGAAAGAAAGAGAGAAAGAGUAAUAGGCGUUUCAAGCAACACCUUAAUUUAGUCAAUUGGCAAAUUGCUACAUUAUAAUAUUUGUAGGUAUUAACAAUAUAUACCUAUACAAUAAAUUGACUCAAUUAAGCGUCUGUCUGAAACGCCUAGAAGAAUUAAUUAAUAUUUCUGAGUGAAGCUUUUGCUCUUAAAAACCGUCUUACCGCACUCUUUUUGUAAUUUAUUUAUGUACAUUAUGAAUAUAUAAUUUUAGUAUACUACAGCAUAUUGGAAACUGAAAAAAUUAUGAUUUUUAGUUAUAAGAAAUCAUUUCUUUCUAUAUAAAAUAAGUCUUCCUUUCUUUCGUUAUUUUAUUUUCAAGUUAUUUAUAAUAUUUACCUAUUUUUAAGCAACUCCCGAAGACAAUUAUGGACAGCCUUAAAACAUUAGUUUUAUUAAAUAAUAUGUAUAUGUAUUAGUCAUUAAGUUAUGAAUAAUAAAAUUAUUUGUUUUCUUUUGUUCUCUGUUUUCA